AUGUCUAUAGAGACUAUUGAACGACUGUCAAAUGCCAUUCCUAAUGUAGUUCACGUCGAAAGACCCUACUUGGAGAACGCCCUGAAAAUCAAAAAGUUGCAAAUUGCCAAAGGCCCCAUUGAUAAGGAAGUGAGCGAUGCCACAUCUAAAGUGACAAUGUGGGAGACUGAGCUGCACCAGUUAAAUUCGUGGUCUCUUCAGUGGUUCUUCGCAAAGCUGACAGUAAAGAAAAGGGAAAACAUUAUAAUGCGCUCAGCUUGUACUCUUCAAGCUGAGAUAGAUCGUGCCGCCAAAUGUUUAGAAAAAGCAAACAAAGUCCUUACAGAAGUCGAACAGAAAGCAGCAGAAGAAGAUGAACAAAUCAGAAGUGUAGAAACAAUGAACGAAAAAUAUUACGUUGAUUACAGAGCUCUAGAAAAGUACCGUGAAGAUUUAGGCAUACUUUUGGAUGAUGCUUUGAAGGGCAAUACUUAUGCUACUGUAGACAUGAUGAAACGCACUUUGGAUGAUUGUAUAGAAAGAUGUCGACAGAAUGAGGAUAAGAUGAAGAGACUGGAGAAAGUAAAAGAUCUGAUUAGAACUGCAGAUUUAUCCUUAAUGGAAGGUAUAAUCGAACUACGAUCUUCCACUUUGACAGAAAAGAUGAUGGGCGAAGGCAAGGUCUACUUCCCUCAAGUUGCUUUUGAUUCUUUGAAACAGGCCCGUGAAGAAUGUCCUGAGUUGCCUGGAUUCCCAUCACCCCAGGAGUAUGUUAAUGAAGCAGACAAUACUGGUGCAUACUACUCACCAAUGCAAAAAUAUCUGUGGGACGUGCGUAAAAAGUUAGCUGAACUUAUCGUUUGGUGCGAUCAACAGAUAUUGGUCUCUUUAGAUAUUGAUACCGAAUUGCAAAUUGAGGUUGGUUUAAAGACAGAUGAGUAUAAUUUAGAAAGAUGCAGAGUGUAUAAAGAGUUAUUAUAA